GAACACUUGCUAGACUCGCAACAAUUCCAACACUGGUCUAGAAUAUAGAUCGGCUCUCCACGUAAAUAAAGUUAUUGUCCGUAGAGCUUAAAUGGUUACUUACCUCCUCGGUCUUUAAGUGCAUCGUUUAUGGCGUGAAAUUCUCCAAUCGGAUGUGGAAACAGUCGGUCUUUAGUGAGAAGGAGGAGCAAUGGGAAAGGAUCAGCAGCUGCUGGAGGCGUCGCGAGCAGGCGACAUCAAGACAGUGGACAAGUUGCUUGAGCACUUCAGCAAGCGCCAUGGACCGCUGUCGAGCUUUCGACGCAGUCCCAGUAUAAACUGCCAGGAUAUGAAUGGCUACACGUCCCUCCAUCAUGCCUGCCUAAAUGGUCACAGUAACAUUGUCAGAUUACUGAUCUCCCACAACGCUCUGCUCGAUGUACCCGACAUACGGGGCUCCACGCCCCUAUUUCUUGCCGCAUGGGCUGGACACCAGGACAUCGUGAAGAUGUUGCUCAUGAACAGUCCCUCUGGAGCGAAUCCCAACGCACAGACCAUCGAAAACGAAACGCCCCUACACUCGGGCGCCCAGCACGGUCACAAUGCUGUCGUUGCCAUUCUUCUGUCCUACGGCGCUGAUCCCACCAUUCGCAACAAUAGCUUCCAAACGGCCCUGGAUCUGGCCGCCCAUUUUGGGCGACUGCAGGUGGUGCAGACUCUUUUGCGCGUUUAUCCGGAUCUUAUUUUGCCGUACAAGCGGGCAGAUAAGGAUGACAUUGAUCAGCUUGUUUACUCGCCUACCAAGCACAUAUUUACCCACACUUGCCUGCAUCUGGCCAGUCGCAACGGGCACAAGAAGGUGGUGGAAACUUUGUUGGCGGCGGGCGUGGAUGUGAACAUACUGACGAACGCGGGCAGCGCGCUCCACGAGGCUGCCCUCUGCGGCAAGAAGUCAGUAGUGGUCACCCUCCUAAAAGCCGGAAUCUUUGUACACGCCACCGAUGGAAACGGCCGAACCGCCCUGGAUAUACUGUCCGACUAUCCUCCACACGUCACCUACGAUAUUGUGGGAGCAAUCAAUGAGUUUACUCAAGCAGCAAGGGAACAGAAGAAGGCAUGUGUCAUUGAGAAUGGUACACAGUCGCUUCCGAAGCGUCUCUAUGAGAAGAACUCCCAGCGCCAGAAGCUGCCGGCCCGGCAGAGGAAAAAGCAAGAUCAAGCCAAUGGACUUUCGCACUCUUUAAGCUCGCUGGACGUGUUUGCCAAGGCGCCGCCAAACUACUUGGAAAUGAGGCCCAUACUGCACCAGAAGUCCUACGGCGAUGUGACGAAUAUCAGAGCGGAGGAAAGUGACUCCUGGGCCAGCUACAAGCCUGUUUACAAGCAACCCCAUUUGCCCAGCUUUCGAACAUUGGAAAUGUCCAACGGAUCGGUACCCUCGCAAUCGUACGAGUUUAUAAAUCUUCUAAGGAACGGAUCGACCAGCGAUGACAACUCCGCCAGCACCACUAGCAACUCGGCAUUGCGUCAGAAUGCGGUGGCUUCGUAUGUGGAGAUGUCGCUGCCGCCUCCACCGAUUCCAAAACCACGGACUCGAAUUAAUGGAGAGUACAAUGACUAUGCGAACCUGGUUCCUAUAGAAGAGGACAGCUCAGUACCAACAGCGGUUGACAAAAAUAAUAACAACAACAGUCAUAAACUGCGAUCGGUUCGUCAUUCACCAACGCCGGAUUAUCCUCCACCCACUGUCACUGAAGCCGAGCACACGAUUUUCAACUUUAUGCAGCCAGUUACUAUGCGCAAAAGUAGUAUGCUGGAGCCGGAAGCCUCUCCGCGGGCAGCCAACUCCGUAAGCUCUGACCACGUAGAAGAGUUUGUCGGGGAUAUGCCAUUCGCUGGACUUUUCAAGGGAUCUACUCUAAAUUUAGCAGCCGAUGUGACGGAUGGAAGGGAGCCUAGCUCUGGACCGGUGGAACGGAGCUAUUUGCGCUCGCCUAGCAUGGUGAGAUCAGCCCAUGCUCUGAACAAUCGACGCAGUUUGUCCCGGCAACGAUACUCUGCCCUGGGCGAGGAUUUUAGUGCAUCGCGUGUUUGGGCCGAGAUUGACACCAUAUUUGAGAACAUCGGAAACGAAGUCUCUACAGUGGAACAAGAAACAGAAGCUCAGUUAGCCGAGCCCCAAAAUCUUCCUACCGGCGAUUCGCUGCACAUACGAGAUCCUGCAGAACUGCUACUCGGCAAGAAGGAUAGCUCGACAUCUAACUGGUGUCACUCGCCGUACACUUUAAUCUAUGGCGAAAUAAGAUACUCCCUCUAUUAUCUGGGCUCGACUGUAAUACGGCGGCUUCAGGGAACUUUGUCCACGCGCAAGUCCAUCCAGAAACUGAAGAUCGAGGAGAACCUCAAGUCGGCGGCGAGUGUCAGUGACAUAAGUCUCUUGGAAAACUGCACCACAUCAACCAAAUACCUGAAGGCGGCUAAUUUACAGACCCGUCUCAAUGUGGAUAUUGCCGUUUCCUGUGUCGGCGUAAAGUUUAUAGAUCACGAAAAGAAGACUGCCAUUUGUUGCCACGAUAUUGAGAACAUUAAUUGCGUUUGCCAGGAUACGGAAGAUCUGCGGUACUUUGCAUACAUUACCAAAGAACAGGACCUGCACUAUUGUCAUGUCUUUAUGGUCGAUAGUUUGGAGCUAGCUAAGGAAAUUAUUCUGACUCUUGGACAGGCCUUUGAGGUUGCUUACCAAUUGGCCCUCAGUCGACGGGGUACGCCAAUUACUGAGGAGUGCUAAAUAUGCCAUUUAAGUGCCACAAAUUAUGCACAACGGUGUAAAUUAUUUAUUUUAUUGCAUUUUAUUUGCUAGUCGUUGAUGCCAUCUCAAUGCUGGUUUUGCUUCAGCUAACAUGUUAAAGUAUUUUUGAGUGUUUUUCAAUAAAAUUAUUGAUACAGAUUUA